CUCAAAGGUCGUCAAUGCCGGCGCCGGCGAGCGCACGCUGGAGUCUCCGCCCUAUUCCUGCUUUCAGGGCGCGCUGCUGCUGCAUCUCCCGGAUCUGCUCUCCACCGACAACAUGUCUGCCAGUAGCCUGCUGGAGCCGAGACCCAAAGGACAAGGAAGCAAAGUACAAAAUGGGAGUGUCCACCAGAAAGAUGGCGUUAAUGAUGAUGAAUUUGAACCAUAUCUACAUACACAGGAACGACAGAAUAAUGGCUACACUGCCCUGUCCGACUCAUACCUUCCUAGUUAUUAUGGUCCAGCCAUUGGAUUCUCUUACUCUCUAAGUGAUGCCGCCUGGUCUACUGGAGGGGACCCGCCACCAACUAUGCCUUUUCUUGCCUCUUAUGGACAGUUGGGCAGCAGUGAGCCGCACUUUUUGCCAGAUGCCAUGUUUGGACCGUUAAGCAAUGCACCUUUUUUGGGGCAACCUGGAUUUAACUUUUUUCCUAGUAGCAUGGACUUUUCAGCCUGGGGUAGUGGAGGAAACUCUCCUGGCGCAUCUGCUCCUAGUUCUGGUUACGGUAGUAGCUAUGCAUAUGCUCCAAGCACUUUGGGAGGAGCCGUUUUGGAUGAGCAAACCAGUUUUGGUGGUGGCAAAGCAGUUGGCAGUCUAGAGCAGAGCAUGGGGGCAUUAAAACUGGCAGAAGGAAAUGGUAUUAAAACAGGUGUAAACAACCUUCCCCCUGCAACCAUUGCUCCUCCAAAGCAAGCAUCAUGGGCAGAUAUUGCCAGUAAGCCUGCCAAGCAGAGUAUUGGAAAGACUGUUCCUCCACCUGUGAAGCACAACAUGGAGAUUGGAACUUGGGAUAAUAAAGCACCUUCCAAUAGCUGCCAACCACCAUCACCUCCAGUGGCACAGCAGCCUAUAGUGACUUCAGCUUCACAUCCUCCUGCACGUUGGUCAGCCCCGCGUAAUCGAGGGUCAGAGCAAAACCAGGCCUCGCAUACUUCAUCGGAUCCUCAUCCUGUUCUUGAGAAACUGCGUUCACUCAAUAACUAUAACCCCAAGGAUUUUGACUGCAACCCAAAAUUUGGACGUGUGUUUAUUGUUAAAAGCUACUCGGAAGAUGACAUACAUCGUUCCAUCAAAUACAACGUGUGGUGCUCCACUGAGCAUGGCAACAAACGCCUGGAUGCAGCUUAUCGUUCUCUUAAUGGCAAAGGUCCAGUGUACUUGCUUUUCAGUGUUAAUGGUAGUGGUCACUUCUGUGGUGUGGCAGAAAUGAAAUCAGCUGUAGACUAUAACACCUGUGCAGGUGUGUGGUCUCAGGACAAAUGGAAGGGACGUUUUGAUGUACGUUGGGUCUUUGUUAAAGAUGUGCCCAAUGGGCAGUUACGUCACAUCAGAUUAGAGAACAAUGAGAAUAAGCCUGUUACCAACUCUCGAGACACUCAAGAGGUUCCUUUGGAAAAGGCUCGCCAGGUUCUUCGAAUCAUAGCCAGCUACAAACAUACCACUUCCAUAUUUGAUGACUUUUCACAUUACGAGAAGAGGCAAGAGGAGGAAGACAGUAUCAAGAAGGUAGUUAAAAAUUAGAAUACCACGCCAUGGUUAAGGAUUACAGAACAGACUUUCUCCUGCACACACGCGUGUGGAACAUAAAGGACUUCAACCAAGCAAAUGGAUUAUUACCACAUUACAGGACAGACUGAAAAACUUGGGGCCAAAGCCUCCAAAUUUUACCUUUCAUUUUCAGGGAUUGAACUAUAGGAUUCAAUGCUGGGAUGCCGUUCAAUAAGUUUAUACCCCCCCAGGAUCUGAAAAUCAAGAUUGGAUAUUUUUUCUUUCCUCCAUAGAGGCUGGAGAACUUCUCUACUACUUUUUUUUUUUUUUUUUUUUUAUGGUAUUUUUUUGCAUUUUUAUUUAGCUGUUUUGUGGCAAAAGCCCUAGUUUCUUUUCCACAGCUCCCAGUAAGCGCAUGUGUGUGAUUCUUGUAAGACUUUUUGUUUUGUGUGUGGGGUUUUUUCUUGCUAUUCUCAUAUUGGUGGUACACGCACACUUAAUGUAGAUAUGCUUUCACAAUAUAUAUUGUUGUUACGGUGGAUAGAACGUAUUUUGACACCACUUGUAGAAGUGACAGAAAUGUUGUCGAUCUAUGAUGGCUCUGCUGUAAGCACUUAUAGAUAAAACGAUAUAUAUGGUGCAUGCAUGUCUUUUCCUGCUGUACGUGUGCCCUCAAAUAUCAGGAGCAUGCUUGGGCAUAAUAAAUGUCUAAUAAUGUUCAAUUUCUGUUAUUUUGUUAAAUUUAACACGGAACCGUGACUGCAGUUCUUACGUAGCCUGAAUAUAAAGGCUUUACUCAUUGUUAACUCUUGUAUACAUAACGGUGAAUUAAGAUUGCAAUCCUCACAUGUGCUGUCAUUGGCCUUUUGUGUUGUUCCAGGCUCAUAUUUAAUCUCCAGCUAAUGGUGGCCUUUUCACCAUUCAGGUUUAAGAAUGGGGUACUAAUGUGCCCUGUCUAUGUGUCAUUAA